AUGACGACCCCAGCCCCCGUCGAGGACCAGGCCCGCCUGCUUGAGGAUGCCUUGGUCGCAGUCCGCCAGCAGACCUCGCUCAUGCGCAAAUGCCUAGAAACCCCGGGGAAACUUAUGGACGCCCUGAAAUGCUGCUCAACACUCGUUUCCGAGCUACGGACUAGCAGCCUGGGACCGAAACAGUACUAUGAGCUCUACAUGGCCGUCUUUGACGCCUUGCGAUACCUCUCCGUGCAUCUCCGCGAAAACCACCCGGUCAACCACCUCGCCGACCUCUACGAAUUGGUCCAAUAUGCCGGCAAUAUCAUCCCGCGACUCUAUCUCAUGAUUACCGUGGGCACAGCCUACAUGUCCAUCGCAGAUGCGCCCGUCAAGGAGCUUAUGAAGGACAUGAUGGACAUGAGCCGCGGUGUCCAGCACCCCAUCCGCGGUCUGUUCCUGCGAUACUAUCUUUCCGGCCAGGCCCGGGAUUUCCUACCAACCGGAGAAGGCGAUGGACCAGAGGGUAACUUGAGCGACUCAAUCAACUUCAUCCUCACCAACUUUGUCGAAAUGAACAAGCUCUGGGUGCGCUUACAACACCAGGGCCACUCUCGCGAGCGGGAGGCGAGGCUGCGGGAGCGGAAGGAGCUGCAGCUUUUAGUCGGCAGCAACAUUGUGCGACUCAGCCAACUUGUUGAUCUGACCACGUACAAGGCCAGCAUAUUGGAUCCACUUCUGGAACAGGUGGUGCAGUGUCGGGACGUUUUGGCUCAAGAAUAUCUUUUGGAGGUCAUCACGCAGGUUUUCCCUGAUGAGUUUCACUUGCACACACUCGAUCAGUUCCUGGGGGCCGUAUCGCGCCUCAACCCCCACGUUAAUGUAAAAGCCAUCGUGAUUGGGCUUAUGGACCGUCUGUCGGAAUAUGCGGAACGCGAAGGACCCGGCGACAAGGAAGAAGACAAGGCAAAGGCAGAGUCGGAGGCUUUGGCUAAUCUGCUUGAGAAGGUCAGGCUGCAGAAGGAGGCACCACCCCCAGCGCCAGCGCCGGCGCCAAAGAAGACCGAUUCAGAGGAGGAAGCUGGUGCUCCUGCGGAGGAGAACGGUGAAACUAAGGAGACGCCAGAGGAAUCUGCAACGCCUGCUACGGAGGAUGAUGCCAGCACCAUUGCCGAGCAAUCUGCCCCGUCAGUAGCGGAAACCGAAGCGACUGCAGUAAACGGACAGGAAGCUGAGCCAACACCCCAGAAUGUGCAGCUUUACGAAGUGUUCUUCGGUCAAGUCAAGAACCUGGUUGAAGCGCAGCAUCUACCCAUCCAGGACAUCAUCGCCCUGUUGGUUUCUCUGUCAAACCUCGCCCUCAAUAUCUACCCCGAGCGACUGGACUAUGUAGACCAGAUUCUCGCCUACGCAACAACCAAAACCAAGGAGCACAUGAACAGCGCCGAUCUUCAUUCCGCACCCGCACAGCAGAGUCUUCUUGCACUUCUCCAAGGGCCAUUGAGUCGAUAUGUCUCUAUCUUUACUGCGCUGUCGCUCCCCACUUAUGUCUCCCUAUUCCAGUCCCAAACAUACCCUACCCGCCGGGCUGUCGCUGGCGGUGUUGCUCGCACGCUCUUGAAGAAUCAGACCAAGAUAUCCAAGCCUGAGCAACUGGAGAAUGUGCUCGAGAUUCUCAGCGUACUAAUCAAGGAAGGCACACAAGCCCCUCAAACUUAUCCCGGCGCACCUCCGAGACGCGCUGUCGAGACGGAUGAGACGAUGGAGGAGCAGGGAUGGCUGGCAAGGAUCGUUCACCUUCUCCAAGGCGAGAACAACGACACUCAGUACAAGCUGCUGCAGAUGACACACAAGGCCUUUGCGGAAGGAAACGAUCGCAUCCGAACCACCACCCCUCCAUUGAUUACGGCCUCGUUAAAGCUGGCUCGCCAGUUCAAGAUCCGUGAACACCUCGAAGACAACUGGGAAACCCAAAGCAAUUCUCUUUUCAAAUUCAUCCACUCCGCCCUCAGUAUUCUUUAUACACGUGUAAAUGGUGCCGGCGCCGCCGAGAUGUCGCUCCGUCUCUUCUGUAACGCCGGCCAAACCGCCGACCUCACUGGAUUUGAAGAGGUAGCCUACGAGUUUUUCGCUCAAGCCUUCACAGUGUAUGAGGAGGCCGUAACCGACUCCAAGGCGCAGUUCCAGGCUGUCUGUGUCAUCGCCUCAGCCCUUCACCAGACCCGGAACUUUGGCAGGGAAAACUACGACACUCUCAUCACCAAGUGCGCUCAGCACGGCAGCAAACUGCUCCGCAAACCAGACCAGUGCCGUGCCGUCUAUUUGGCAAGUCACCUCUGGUGGGCCACCCCAUCAGUUUCCAACGGAGAAACCGACGAGACAGAGCUCUACCGCGAUGGCAAACGUGUCUUGGAAUGUCUACAGCGUGCUCUCCGAGUGGCUGACUCCUGCAUGGAGACAGCUACAUCUAUCGAGCUCUUUGUUGAGAUCCUAGACCGCUACGUAUACUACUUUGACCAGCAAAACGAAUCUGUGACCACGAAAUAUCUCAACGGUCUCAUUGAACUAAUUCACUCCAACCUUAAUGGCAACCAAUACGACUCGGCUUCCGUCGAGGCUAGCCGCAAGCACUUCUUCCAGACCCUGGAGAACAUCCGCAGUAGACAGUUUGAGGGCGUGGUUCUGGACGCGAACUGA